AAAAGAGAGCGUGAGAGAGAGAGAGAGAGAGAGAAGCGGCGGUCGCGGGGUCUGGCGACUUGGGGACAGACGCGCGCGGAGCUCGGUCACCGGACAUCUCCUCAGUGUCACGCCGCAGUAUCGUUUCUGAUCGCAACAAUAAGAAGAUGCCGCUGGGUGACGACUCCCAUACCUGGAUGAAGAAGACAUCGGAUGUGAAGGAGCAUUAUGACUUCAAAGAUAUCCUCGGAACGGGAGCCUUCUCUGAGGUAGUCCUGGCAGAGGAGAAGAGAACCCAAAGGUUGGUGGCCAUCAAGUGCAUCCCCAAGAAAGCUUUAGAGGGCAAGGAAAACAGCAUUGAGAAUGAGAUCGCAGUGCUGCACAAGAUUAAACAUGCCAACAUUGUGACUCUGGAAGAAAUAUUUGAGAGUAAAUCGCACCUCUACCUUGUCAUGCAACUGGUAUCUGGUGGGGAAUUGUUUGACCGCAUCAUCGAGAAGGGCUUCUACACAGAGAAAGAUGCCAGUAAGCUCAUUCAUCAGAUUCUGGAUGCUGUCAGAUAUCUCCAUGACAUGGGAAUCGUGCACCGAGACCUCAAGCCAGAAAAUCUGCUCUACUACAGCAUGGACGAAGACUCCAAAAUCAUGAUCAGCGACUUUGGUCUGUCUAAAAUCGAGGGCUCUGGCAGCGUGAUGUCCACAGCGUGUGGGACUCCCGGGUAUGUCGCUCCUGAGGUUCUCGCUCAGAAACCCUACAGUAAAGCAGUGGACUGCUGGUCCAUUGGAGUCAUAGCAUACAUUCUGUUGUGCGGUUACCCUCCAUUUUAUGACGAGAACGACGCCAAACUGUUUGAGCAGAUCCUGAAAGCAGAAUACGAGUUUGAUUCGCCAUACUGGGAUGAUAUCUCGGAUUCAGCGAAAGACUUUAUAGUCCAUCUGAUGGAGAAAGACCCCAAUGUACGUUACACCUGCGAGCAGGCCCUGCAGCACCCAUGGAUUGCUGGAGAUACUGCUUUGGACAAGAACAUCCAUGAGUCUGUCAGUGCGCAGAUCAAGAAGAACUUUGCCAAAAGCAAAUGGAAGCAAGCAUUCAACGCUACAGCGGUGGUCCGCCACAUGAGGCGUCUUCAGCUGGGCACCAACCACGAAGGACCCAACCAAGCGACCCUGACGAGCCCGUGCCGAGCUCACCUGCUGAUCCCGGGAGAGGACCCUCAGCACGCAGAGUCUUACGGGGAGGCGGGUUGCUCCCAGACACAGGACGGGGAUGGCGUGGACCCUCUGUCCAACUGUACCUACCGCUGCCACCCAGCUAGCCGGGUGUGAUCCCUGAGCUGCUGCACUGCUUUGUCGACCCCAGUGAUUUUUUCCCCCAUUUUUAAACCCCCUGGUGAAAGUGGAGGUAGCGACUCCCUCACAACCCCUCAUGUCUGGUUUGGAAUGAGGCGUCAUUCUAUCCCCUCGCCUGCAGGGGGAGCAAGUCUGUGAAGUCUGGGAAAGAAGGAGAUUGAAAUUCAGAUUCAGAAAAAUAGGGAAGUGGUAAUUGGUGAUUAUGAUGACUAGUUGUCCGACUCGACGGGUAGUUUGUGCUCACAGAAUAAAGAGUGAAGUUCGGAGGAUUCUUUAUUUCCAAAGCGGGAAAGAGCUGAGACUAUGAUUUUGACACAGCCUGUGUUUGCUGUUGUUGCUACUUGUUUUGUGUUAUUUGUGCAUGAUCAGACGAGAGCGUUCCCGAGCAUGUUUUAUCUUUUUAAAUAUGCCCUCUUUCUAUUGUUGCGGAGGAGGGAGUGUCAUAAGCAAAGCCUUCCCGAGAUCUUUUUGCAGUCUUUUGAAUGUAACAGAGUCCAAUCUAUUAGUACUGCAAAGUCAACACAGAUCUGUCUAUAAAGUGAUCCUUUUAGACUAUCUGUGGCCUUUAUGCAAAACUCCAUCCAUUCCAAUGUAGCUUUUUAUGAGAUGGUAUAUCCUGUAUAUGGUGUUUCCAUGCAGCUGCGGAAAAGGCUUCUCCUUCGCUUCGUUCAACCUCUUGAACCACAUGGGCACAGGGAUCUUAUCUUUGUCUAUGGUGCCUUUAGGGUUUACAGUAUGAUGGGUUUAUUUUGGGUGGGAGCUUCUCAAGAGUGUCUAUCUGGACAAUGCGUUAAUGUUUUAUAUUUAUCGCAUUUUGUAGCUUUUAUAUGUUUUGUUUCCCUCCAGAUUAGUGAAGAAUAUGUUGGUUUUGUCAUCUUUAAAAAAAUAAAAUAAAAAUCUAGCCAAAUUGUAAUGAGACAGGUUUAAUGUUACACAAGCCUGAAGAUAAAGUAUAUAUGAAUGGAUGCAAAAAAUAUAUAUAAAUAUCUGCAUCUAACAAUGUGUACUGUAGUCAUACAUCAUUUGUUUUUCCCUAGUACAUUAUUUUACAGGCAUCCUUUUAAAAGGAACUUCAUCAAAGAAUGUCAAUAUGCAUCAUUCUCUCACCACUCUCCUGUAAUGUUUGUGGUUAAGUACUGAAUGAGCUUCUUUUUGUGUUGAUAGCAGAGAGGAGCUUUAAUGCACAUGAUUCUGCAUUGUGAUUCCAUACACGAUUUUCAAACACACCUAAAUUAUACAUCUGAAGUGGUAGUGUGCAAAUCCGUUGUGAGUAGUUGCCGUGAGGUAAGCACUGGAGACAUCAAGCCAAAAACCCUCCAGAUAAAAAGAAAAAAAGAAAAAACUUAAUGGUGUUGCUUAAAAUGAAAAUGUUUAGGCUUUGUUCAGUCAGAUCAUGUGGUUGUGCUUUUGGACAGUAAUGUAAGAUGUCGACUGUAUUUUACAGAGUUUCCAAGUCUGAAUUGUUCGGAUAACAUGGCGUACGAUUCUGUAGCGCCCAAAAGUACUCAAAUUGUCGAUGGACGUUUACUUGUUUGACUAUGGGGAAAUUUAACCAAGUAACCAAUUAAAUGUUGAGAAAAUUUUACUCCGAAUUUCGCUAGUGUUUUUUUUUUAUUUUAUUUUUAUUUAUUUUUUUGCAGGAUGAUCCUCAGCACAUGUUGUCGCUCUUCAGACCACAAACUCGUUGAGACUGAAUCAACAGCAAUUAUGGCCUCUGCUGUUACUCCAUUUUGACUCAACUGUUUCAAUUUCAGUUGAGUCAGUUUCAAACCAAAUUCUUAACAAUGAAUUAUUGUUAUUGCUGUUAUUAUUAUGAUGAUUUUGGACAUUAUCAGAAGCCUAAAAUGUAUAUUUUAUGACCAUAUGAUGUCCCCUUGUUGUAAAGUGGACCAAAACUUCUAAAAUGGAAAAUCUAACAUUCCUGGUCAAUGAAGUAAAUGAUGAUGACAUGCAUAACCAUAUAGCCAUUACCUCACCACUGAACUCGUGGUAGGAUAUUUUCUUUUUUCUUUCUUUUUUUUGUGGGGGGAUACAUACAACAGGGUUGGAAAUACACAAUGUUAUUUCAACUAUUUCUGCUUUCAAUUACAGCAUUAGAAAUGCUCUUCAUUGGGAUAAAGGGAACAUAUUAGUGUGAAGGCUAUCUUCUUUCUUCUUGUUCACUCUUUUUGCCUGUCAAGAUGGAUUUGUCGUACAAAUGAGUGUUUUUAACCAUGAAAAUGUCUUUUUUAAACAGUAUUUUAAACUGUACACAAAGAUGCAAUGCGUCAUGGGCUGUGGAAAAGUGGCUGUAAGUGAAACAUACAUUAAACUACUUGUCUAUGCAGUA